AUGGGGAAGAAAACCGGGGCAAGUGCUUAUGGCGGCGCCAAGUUGGGCAAGAGGGCUGCAUCAAAGCCCUCAUCCUUUGCGGAUUUUGAUGAAGACGAUGACGGUGUCAGCGAGGAGAAGGAGAACCGUGCUGCUGAUGACUCCGAGAAGGAUGUUGGCUGGGAGAAGACAGAGGAUUUCAAGAUGGAGCCCACCGGGUGCGGCAAAAUGGUCAAGCCGUACAAGCUCCCGGGAAGCAUUUUCAAGAUGCUUUACCCCCACCAGCGCGAGGGCCUCAAGUGGCUCUGGGUUCUGCAUUGCAGGGGAACUGGAGGGAUCCUUGGGGAUGACAUGGGUCUCGGCAAGACCAUGCAGGUUUCUGCCUUCCUGGCUGGAUUAUUCCAUUGCCGCUUAAUCAAGAGAGUGUUGGUGGUUGCGCCAAAGACACUUCUCACUCAUUGGACGAAGGAACUUUCAGUUGUUGGCCUCAAACAUAAGAUUAGGGAUUACUCUAGUCCCAGCGUAAAUGUUCGCAAUUCUGAACUUCAAUAUGCAUUCAAGGAGGGCGGUAUCCUUCUGACUACAUACGACAUUGUCCGUAACAAUUACAAGUUGAUCAGAGGUGACUUCUACAAUGGCAACGUGGAAGGGAAGUAUGACAAGCUGAUCAGAGGUGACUCAUAUAAUGAUGCUGACGAAGACGAGGAUGGCAAGUUAUGGAACUAUGUUAUUCUUGAUGAGGGACAUAUUAUCAAGAACCCGAGUACUCAAAGGGCCAAAAGCUUACUCGAAAUACCUUGUGUCCACCGCAUCGUCAUAAGUGGAACACCUAUUCAAAACAAUUUAAAGGAAAUGUGGGCUCUCUUCUAUUUCUGUUGCCCGGAGGUCUUGGGUGAUAAGGACGAAUUCAAAUCAAGAUAUGAAUCGGCUAUCAUUCGAGGAAAUGACAAGAAUGCCACCAAUCGAGAGAAGCACACAGGCUCAACUGUUGCAAAGGCAUUAAGGGAGCGUAUAAAGCCAUACUUCUUGCGUCGUAUGAAAAGUGAAGUGUUCCUUGAUACUGGUUCGGCAGAUGAUAAAAAACUUUCCAAGAAGAACGAGCUAAUUGUUUGGCUGAGGUUAACAGCUUGCCAGAGGCAACUAUAUGAAGCUUUUCUGAACAGUGAUCUUGUUCAUUCAUCGAUGCAAGGAUCACCAUUGGCUGCAAUCACGGUAUUGAAGAAAAUAUGCGACCAUCCAUUGAUAUUGACCAAGAGAGCUGCUGAGGACAUCUUGGAAGGCAUGGAAGGCAUGUUGGAUAACAAGGAUAUGGGUAUGGUAGAGAAAAUGGCCAUGAACCUUGCAGACAUGGCUCAUGAUGACCAAGCGCUGCAAGUCGGCGAGGAGGUCUCGUGCAAAUUAAUUUUUAUCAUGUCCUUGUUGCGGAAACUUCUUGAAGAGGGACACCAUGUCCUUAUCUUUUCCCAGACGCGCAAAAUGCUAAACCUUAUUCAGGAAGCUAUAUUACUGGAGGGCUACAAGUUUUUACGCAUUGAUGGUACUACCAAGAUUGCUGAGAGGGAAAGGAUCGUGAAGGACUUCCAAGAGGGGCCUGGAGCACAAAUAUUUUUGCUGACCACACAAGUUGGUGGGCUUGGACUUACACUCACCAAGGCAGCUCGUGUCAUCGUGGUCGAUCCUGCUUGGAAUCCAAGUACGGACAAUCAGAGUGUGGAUCGUGCUUAUCGAAUUGGUCAGACCAAAGAUGUGAUUGUAUACCGCUUGAUGACUUCUGGAACCAUCGAAGAAAAGAUAUACAAAUUGCAGGUUGUUUUCAAGGGCGCUUUGUUUAGAACAGCCACAGAGCAGAAAGAACAAACACGCUACUUCAGCAAGAGGGACAUUCAAGAGCUCUUUAGUCUGCCAGCACAAGGUUUUGAUGUUUCCCUUACACAAAAGCAAUUGCAGGAAGAGCAUGGACAGCAGCUUGUCAUGGAUGAGUCACUGAGGGAGCACAUAGAGUUUCUGGAGCGACAAGGGAUAGCGGGUGUAAGCCAUCACAGCCUCCUAUUUUCCAAAACAGCAGUCUUGCCUUCGUUGGAGCCUGAAGCUAUGGAGAGCAAGCACCCAGCCAUGCCGAUGAUGGGCAGGCAGUACAACAAGGCAUCAUCCUCGAUGGACUAUGUCGCCAACGGCGCUGCCCAUGCUUUCAAGCCGAAGGACUUCACUCCAAGAGCAUACUCUGCAAGCAAUACGAGUUCAGAGAGCCCCGAGGAAAUCAAGGCCAAAAUCAACCGCCUGUCGCAAACCCUCUCGAACACGACGCUGGUGUCGAGGCUGCCUGACCGUGGAGAGAAGCUGAAGAAGCAGAUACACGAUCUGGACGAGAAGCUGACGGUGAUCGAGUCCUCUCCUGAGUCAUCGUCAAUGAUGUCCAGAGGGGCGCGGCCUGAAGUGAUAUGCUUGGACGAUCAGAGCCUAUAA